UAUGAUGAUUUGUUUGAUAUUGGGCGUACUAGAUAUGGAGAACGGCAUAUGCCUGGGAUCUUGAGAGGCAUUGAUACUUCGUGUGCUAAAAAGUAUUCUGACUGGAAGUACGAUAUUAAAGAGCAUUUAACGAUUAAUGGGCCACAAAAUCGUUAUGGUGGUUGCACGGAUACGCAGUGGCAAAAAGCCAUUGAAUUUUUCCGACGCCCAGAAAUUACGGUAUUAAUUUCUUGCUAAACUUAACUAUCUUAAUUAAAUAUAUUACUAACGAUAACUUUUUGCAGAAACGUUCUGUGGUCAACAAGGAAAAUAGGAGGAAACUGAAAGAGCUUAGCUAUGGAGGUUCUCAGUCAAUCCCAACCCUGCGCUAUAAAAAACGCAAUUUAGAGACUGGGCAACUUGAGUCAAUCCCGGAUAGCUGGAUGGAUACUCACCAUAAAUCAGGCACAGGGUGGGUGACAGAGACAGCCAAAAAUACUUGGGAGGAAUUGCGUGCAUACCGCGACACACAGCAGACACAGGCAACUGAUACUGAGAGUUCCACACCAGUUUCGAGUGCGCCUGAAGAUGAAGACAUAUCUUUGGUACAAACUGUCUUCGGAAAACGACAGGGCCACCAGAAAGGAUAUGGACGUAUCCUUAACAUAAGGGACCGAACUCCAUUUGAUUUUCGUCAUUCACAAACUAGAGAUGAAGAGUUGUCUGAGAUGAGAGAGCGUCUUCGACAGUUAGAGGAGCAUGUCCGGACUCAUUGUAUCACCCCGGGAUCUCAAUGUGCCCCACCACCACCCGAUGAUCCCGAUGUUGGAGCACCGACUCAGUAGGACUUAUGUAUGAAUUUUAUUACAAUUGACUAUUACAUUAUCAUG